AUGGGACUGGCUGGAGUGUCGAAGAAGAUCAAAUACGGCAAGGACCCGCGAAACCUCGGGUGGUCCAACAACACGGAGCGGUUCGGCCACAAACACAUGAGUAAGCUCGGAUGGAAGGACGGAGAGGGUCUGGGCCAUGAGGACCGAAAGGCGCAGAGUAUCACGCAAAACAUCAAGAUUGUGCUCAAGGACGACAACGUGGGGCUUGGUGCCGGUCUGGCCAAGGCUGAUAAGGACGAGGCCUUUGGUCUGAUGGAUUUCCAGAAGCUGCUGGGUAAGCUGAACGGACGGGCUCAGGAAAUUGAAGCUGAGGUUGAGCGACAGCAGAAGGACGUUCUACGAGGCAAGUUUGGCAUGGUUUUUGUGUCCGGCGGUCUUCUCCAGGGAACGAUCGAGGAGUUCAACAAGAAGCGAGGGUCCGAGGCUGUGGAGGAGUCUGACAGUGAUUCUGAAGAGUCCGAAAGCGAGUCUGACGACGACAAGAAGAGCAGAAAGAGCAGCAAGAAGGAAAAGAAGGAUAAGAAGAGCAAAAAGCGAAAGGCUGAUGAUGACUCUGAUGAGGAGGAGAAGAAGAGCAAGAAGAGCAAGAAGGACAAGAAGGAAAAGAAGGAAAAGAAGGAAAAGAAGGAAAAGAAGGAAAAGAAGGAAAAGAAGGAAAAGAAAGAGAAAAAGGAUAAGAAAGAGAAAAAGGAUAAGAAAGAGAAAAAGGACAAAAAGUCCGAGUCUCCUACUCCUCACGAUGGUAUGGAGAAACCCUCUGCAUCUUCCACCUCUGCUCUACGAGGACGAAUGGCUGGACGAGCCAAGUUCAUUCGAUCCAAGCGAAUGGCCGUCAUGGACGAAAAGAGUCUCAACGAGAUUUUCAUGGUCAAGAACUGA